AUGUUAAUCCUGUUUUCGUCGGAAUACUUUUCUGGUCCUCGCGCAAAGGUGCAAAUGCAAAUGCAGCUCGAAGUGCCUGUUGCACCAGGCCUUGGAAUUAAAGAUACUGAGCUUGACACCCUUCGUCUGAGUUUCCAAACACCUCUUCGUUGGCGCCCUGGACAACACAUUUAUGUUCGAUUCCCCGCACUAAACAUGUUCCAAGCUCAUCCAUUUUCUAUUUGCUCUUUGCCAAACGUUUCUUCAAAUCUUCCGUCAGAGCUAGUCAUUAUUACAAAGGUGUACGAUGGCACGACAAAAAAGCUUUUUAAUCACAUUGAUAAGCUAAACGAGAAUUAUUCUCAGAGCUACUUCAAGAGUGAGUUGGACAAAGAUGCCAUAAAGCAGCUUUCUAGCGAGGAGCAGGACUGGAUUGAAAAAACACACAUGAUGGAAUUUGCCGAUGAAGUACCGUCUAUUUUGGCAAAUGAAGUGCAAUCCAUUGAAAAGGAGCAGAGGGAGCUAUCGAGCAGGAGACAGUCGGAAGUGAAGACGCAGCUGCCACAGAGCAACAGUGGUUCCACGGUCAAUGCUGAAAUUGGCGAAAAAGAGCUAAAUGGAUCUGAACUUUUGAAUAAGACCAGUGAUACACUCAUUCCAAACUCUGAAAACAACAAUAAUCGCUUAACAAAUUUGAUCGCUUCGAGGGUUAAGGCAUCACCAUUGGAGAAGUCUUCUGUGCGUAUUCCCGUAACCGCGGUGAAGUCAGGCACGAUCUUGGCUUGUUUGGACGGGCCGUAUGGAUUUAUCCCUGAUGCAGCCUCUAUGGAACACGUUGUUUUGUUCGCUGGUGGUACGGGUAUCGCACAUCUGUUCCCUAUUAUCACUGAUGUGCUGCGUCGUGUUGCAGGAGGUGAGAAGACGGUAGUAACUAAGAGCAUACGGCUUGUAUGGUCUACGCGAUCUCGUGCUAUUAUCAACUGGAUUCGCUCGGAAUUGCACACGAUUUACAAUUUGCAAAAACAGACUGGUAUCGAUGUCACUAUUGAAGUAUUUGUUACGCAAUGUCCCGAGGAUGUAUUAGUGAAAGCUCCCAUACUGGGAGUUGCAGUCACGCACGGUUCUCGUUUUGAUGCGAAAGCCGUUUUACGUGAAGAGGUGGAACGCGGAAAAGAGCUGGACUCGACUACGAUGGGCGUCUAUGUUUGUGGAUCUGGAUCCCUCUCUGAAGCUGUUGGUAACGAAACUGCUUCUCUUAACUACGAAAUAAUGCGUGGCCGUCUUGGCAGCAUUAAAGACAUUGUGCUUGAGAUUGAACAUUUCACCUGGUGA